CUUGCUAGUUGCUAAGACCUGACCAUGACCACCACCUGUUAAACUUCUUUGCAUCGUCACCUUCUAUAAUCCCAUCAUUACCCUCGCAAACGUCGAGAAGAAAAAUCCCCCGAAGACCGAAGGGGCAACGCAAACCCUAUCGGUUUCUCUCUCUCUAAAUUCCCGUUCUUGUUCUAUUUUCGCCAUGAAUUUGAGCAAAAUGUCCAGGUCUACGUCAGAUUUCAGCUCGAUUUGAUGAGCAUCUGAUAGGAUUGGUGGUUUUUUUGUACCCUUUGUUUCUAGGAGCAGGUCAGGAUUGAAGAGCAUGGAGGGCUCUGGUUCGGCGGUAGACGAUCUUGGAGCCACGCCUGAGUCUUGGGAGGUGGCUGACGUGGACGCCAGCAUGCGACGGCUCAUGCUCUCUUCAUCCAAGAAGAACUCCGUUAGUCUAUCCGACCUCUCCAGUACUUCGGUUUCAGCUCCAAAUUUGGCGCCGGCGUCUAGUACUUCGGCUCCUGCUUUAAAUCUUUCUGAGGAUGCCAUCAAUUCCGUCGAUCAGUUUCUCCGGGAGGCUUUACAAAACCCUAGGGAGCGGCUUUCAGUUUUAAGAUUGGAGCAAGAUGUUGAAAAAUUCAUUAGAGAUCCAACCCGGCAGCAAAUGGAGUUCCAGCAGUUACCUACCUCCUAUUUGCGUCUGGCUGCUCAUCGUGUUGCUCAGCACUACUUUCUCCAGUCAAUGGUCUUACUAGACAACAGUCUACCAGAUGGUUCUGGAUCCCGAAUUAUAGUAUGCAAAAGUUCUGAAACUCGAAUUCCUUCAAUUCGUCUGGCUGAUAUACCUGUAAAUUUUCCCCAGGAAGACUCGAGCGGUGUUGUCAAAGUUGCUAUUAAGCAGAGACCACAGAAAGGUUCACAGUUUAGUGGUGCUUCAGAUUCACACUCCUCAAAGAAUAAUAGCUGUAAAAGUGUGGAGGAAAGAAAAGAAGAGUACAACAGGGCAAGGGCUCGGAUUUUUAGCUCUAGUAAUUUAGCCGGGAGUGAUAAUGGAAAGAAUGAAAGUCAAUCAAAGAUGCUGGAACCUUUCCAGCCUGGUUCACUAAGAGUUGCAAAGGUAGAUGAAAAGGCGGCCAGCUCUGCUGGGAGUUCUGAUGUGAGUAUUGGCAGAGGUGCCCUUGAUUCUUCGUCAACCGGUAGCAAUAGAUCAGCUAGAAGUAGGACUGAGAAGGAGCAGAUUGCUAGGUCUAGAACUAGUAAUAGAGUGGCCAUAUUCAGGGAUAGGGAAACUGAUCGCAAGGAUCCUGAUUAUGACAGGAGCUAUGACAGAUACUUGCAAAGGUUUGACCCUGGAUUUGGAUUUACGGGAGGACCUUAUGCUAUUCAACCAUUGUAUGCACCUGCUUUAAACUACAAUUCUGAGUUUCCUCAACUUGGAUCAGCACACCGGCCUCCUAUCUCCCAUGAACACCAAUCUCGCCCUCUGCCUACGCGAUUGCCUGUGCAGUGGGUUACACCGUCUACUCCCGGUAUUGGAUACGGUCAGGCUGAGACCAUGAUGCACCCUCCUUUCAAUCCCAGUCAUGUCGGUGUGCGGUCCAACCCUGCUUUGUACUUGCACUCAUCUCAGUAUCCUUGUCAGCAUCCUGGAAUGCCUUUUGUCCAUCAUCAUGAACAAAUUCAAGUUCACCAACCCUUUUCACAGUCUUACCAGCAGCAACCUGAUGCCAGUUUUGGGUUAGCCCGGCCCCGAUAAGGGGCCUGGGCCAUGCCUGCAUCCUGCCACAGUUUCUUGAGCACAUGAUUGAGAGGCAGCUUUCUGAGCAGCACAUUUUUUUCUUACAUUGUGGCAGGAUGCAGGCAUAUGCAUCUGAGGGUAUUGGGAGUGGAUGCUUUUAAAGUAGAAAAUAUUCUUCAAAAUUCAUUCCACAAGCCCUCAGUUUUGGAGAGCUCCUUCCAUGAUCCAUGAGUUAUUCCCCAUUGUUCGGAAGAGGAGCUCAUAUACUGCUGAUGGCAAUGAAGAUGUCAAACAGAAUAAGGAAGUUCGUAUCUGAGUACAAUUCUUCAAUGGUUAGAGUGUUAGUGCUACAAAGUCCUCGUUCUUUUGAUGGACAACUGUAGCCUCUACACUCUACAGAUAUAUGAGGAAUUUGUUGAAGUGUUGGAGUCGCAAGAAGCAGUCUUUGGUGAUCGAUUGACUGACAGACAGGCUUUAAUUGUCUAUUACUAGGUGAACGAAAUGCAUAUGUGAAUAUGUAGUACACCUUUGGUUCCAAAUGGUAGAUUAUUUUGGCUAUAUUUUUAUUUGACUUUUGAUUUGCAAGUUGUGAUGAUGAUGAUAAUCAUGGUGACAUUGUAUUUUGGAGGCAUUAAAGUUGUACCAGCUUUACCAUAUUUUAAGUUUUAUUUAAUCUAAUCUUUCCUGAGUAAUU